GUCAGUGUGAGCAGUGAAAUGGCUGAAGGUGGAGGUUUACUGAAUCAGGACCAGUUGAGCUGUUCGAUCUGUCUGGAUCUACUGAAGGAUCCGGUGGCUAUUGCCUGUGGACACAGUUACUGUAUGGGCUGUAUUAAGGGCUACUGGGAUCAGGAUGAUCAUACUGGUGUCUACAGCUGUCCUCAGUGCAGACAGACCUUCACCCCAAGGCCUGUUCUGAACAAAAACACCAUGCUGGCUGAAGUGGUGGAGAAACUGAAGAAGACAGGACACCAAGCUAGUCCUCCUGCUCACUGUUACGCUGGACCUGGAGACGUGGCGUGUGAUGUCUGCACUGGGAGAAAGAGCAAAGCUGUCAUGUCCUGUCUGGUGUGUCUGGCCUCUUACUGCGAAACUCACAUCCAGGCUCAUUAUGAUUCUCCUCCUCUUAAGAAGCACAAACGGGUCAAAGCCACUGGAAACCUGCAGGAGAAGAUCUGCUCUCAUCAUGACAAAGUGCUGGAGGUUUACUGUCGAACCGAUCAGCAGUUUAUCUGUUAUCUGUGUACAAUGGAUGGACACAGAGGCCAUGACACAAUCCCAGCUGCAGCAGAAAGGACUGAGAAACAGAAGCAGCUGGGGGCGACACAGAGUAAAUUCCAGCAGAGAAUCCAGGAGAGAGAGAAGGAGCUGCAGGAUCUGAGACAGGCUGUGCACUCACUCAAGCGCUCUGCACAGGCAGCAGUGGAUGACAGUGAGAGGAUCUUUAUUGAGAUGAUCCGCUCGAUUGCAAGAAUACGCUCUGAGGUGAAAGAGCUGAUCAGAGAUCAGGAGAAGGCUGAAGUGAGUCGGGCUGAAGGACUCCUGGAGCGACUGGAGCAGGAGAUUGCUGAGCUGAGGAGGAGAGACGCUGAGCUGGAGCAGCUUUCACACACAGAGGAUCACAUCCAUUUCCUCCAGAACUGCCAGGCUCUCUGUGCCCCUCCCGAACCCAGAUGCGUACCCAUCACUUUCAAUCAACAUUUCUCCUUCGACGUUGCAAGAAAAUCUGUUUCUGAACUGAAGGAGCAACUGGAGGACUUCUGCAGAGGAGGAUUACUCAAGAUCACUGAAUCAGUGAGAGAGGUUGGUAUUCUACCAAUUCCACAACCUGCAGAUAGAGGGGAUUUCUUACAAUAUUACUCUCAUCUCACACUGGACCCCAACACAGUCCAUUCAAAACUGUCUCUGUCUGAGGGGAACAGACAGCUGUCCCGUGGGGAACAGAUGCAGCCAUAUCCUGAUCAUCCAGAGAGAUUUGACUACUGGGAGCAGGUGCUGUGCAGAGAGGGUCUGUCUGGACGCUGUUACUGGGAGGCUGAGUGGAGUGGGAGAGGGGAUGUUUACAUAGCAGUGUCAUAUGUGGGGAUCAUCAGGAAAGGGUGGGCUUAUGAUGCUCUCUUUGGAUAUAAUAAGAAGUCCUGGAGCCUAUGUUGCUCUCAUUCCAAAUGUCAUUUCUAUCACAACCAAAAAUGCACAAGACUCCCUAUCCCUCCCUCCUCCAGAAUAGGAGUGUACCUGGAUCACAGGGCAGGAACUCUGUCCUUCUACAGCAUCUCUGACACAAUGACCCUCCUGCACAGAGUCCAGACCACGUUCACUCAGCCCCUCUACCCUGGGUUCUAUGCCAACACAGCAGGGUCUACCAUUAAGCUGUGCCCAAAUCCCUGUUCCCUCCUCCAGAAUAGAAAGCGCAAAGCCAUCAAUUCCUGUCUGGUGUGUCUGGCCUCUUACUGUGAAACUCAUCUCAAACUUCACAAUGAGCUUCACCCAGGAAACACACAUAAUGUCAUCAAUGCUACUGGACGCCUGCAGGACAAUAUUUGCCAUCAGCAUGAGAAACUGUUGGAGGUUUAUUGUCGUUCUGAUCAGCAGUGUAUCUGUUAUCUGUGUACAAUGGAUGAACACAGAGGCCAUGAUACAGUCUCAGCUGCAGCAGAAAGGACUGAGAAACAGAAGCAGCUGGGGGCGACACAGAGUAAAUCCCAGCAGAGAAUCCAGGAGAGAGAGAAGGAGCUGCAGGAUCUGAGACAGGCUGUGCAGUCACUCAAGCGCUCUGCACAGGCAGCAGUGGAGGACAGUGAGAGGAUCUUUACUGAGAUGAUCUGCUCCAUUGAGAGAAGGUGCUCUGAGGUGAAAGAGCUGAUCAGAGAUCAGGAGAAGGCUGAAGUGAGUCGGGCUGAAGGACUCCUGGAGCGACUGGAGCAGGAGAUUUCUGAGCUGAGGAGGAGAGACGCUGAGCUGGAGCAGCUUUCACACACAGAGGAACACAUCCAUUUCCUCAAGAGCUGUCAGUCUCUCUAUGCCCCUCCUGGACCUUACUUACCCAGCAUCACUGUCAGUCCACACAUCUCUUUUGAGGCUGUGAGGAAAUCUGUCUCUGAGCUGAAAGGGCGAAUGGAGGACGUCUGCAAGGGGGAACUGCUCAAAAUUUCUGAAUCAGUGAAGGAAGUCCAUACUGUAGAGCCCAGGACCAGAGAGGAUUUCUUACAGUAUUCCUGUCAGCUCACACUGGACCCCAACACAGUGCAUAAACAGCUCCGUCUGUCUGAGGGGAACAGAGAGGUGACCUGUGUGGAAGAGAUCCAGUCACAUCCUGACUAUCCAGAGAGAUUUGAGCACUGGUCCCAGGUGCUGUGCAGAGAGGGUCUGUCUGGACACUGUUACUGGGAGGCUGAGUGGAGUGGAGGUGAUGAUGAUGAUUGGGUUGAUAUAGCAGUGACAUAUAAAGACAUCCGCAGGAAAGGAGAAGGUGAUGAUGCUUCUCUGGGAUGUAAUGACAAGUCCUGGGCUUUGCGCCGUUCUCCCUCCAGUUACUCUUUCUGGCACAAUAAUGAGUGCACUGAAAUCCCUGUUCCCUCCUCCUCCAGAAUAGGAGUGUACCUGGAUCACAGGGCAGGAACUCUGUCCUUCUACAGCGUCUCUGACACUAUGACCCUCCUGCACACAGUCCAGACCACGUUCACUCAGCCCCUCUAUCCUGGGUUUUGGGUUUAUGCUGUCGGAUCUUCUGUGAGACUGUGUGAUCUGUGAUGAGAGAGAGGGAGGAUCAGCUGUAAUCAGAGUGAGAGAAAAACACUGCAGUGAGACAGAGAGGAGAAGUUAAUAAGACAUGGAAGUUGCAUUGCCUCCCAAAUGGGCGGAUACAUCCUUUAUUGAAAAUCAUCUGUUCAUUUUCUCCCAUACACUGUGUGGUAUAGAGAAUUUAUUAGAAACCGAAGAGAUCAAUCAGGAAUAAGACAGGAAAUAUGUGCAUUCAGAAAAUAGGAUUCUCUGCUUACAUUUCUGCUUCUUCCACACAGGACUCUAUGAAUGCUUUGUGACGAUCACUCUUUUGGGAGAAAGUCGUUCUGUAGUUUAUGUUCAUGUGUCCUUUGUACCAAUGUGAGGAAGUGUAAACUGAAUUAAAAUUCCAAAAGAUUGUUGUACAU